GCCUUCUGGUACGAGAGAUAUAUAAAAAACAGGAGGGGGACACUCCCCACAGCUGGUUUAAGAGAUAACAGCAGAGAAGGAGCAAGAGAGAGGGGGACCUGCCAGAGAGCUCACAAGAGGAGUGGAGAGAAAUUUCACCAGUGACGGAUUCUUAUGCCAGUAGAAGCACCCCAUCAUUUUUCUCUCUGGAAGAUAGCGUUGAAGGGGAACCCCAGAGGCAACAGUUCAAGGCAGGCAUUUCCUGUGCACAAGUGGGUUAGAGCAGCCUUCGGCCAUGGGACAAGCCCUGGGUAUCAAGAGCUGUGACUUCCAGGCAGCAAAGAACAAUGAGGAACACCACACCAAGGCCAUCAGCUCCCAGCACCUCACUGUGCGGAGAGGGCAGCCCUUCACCAUCGCCCUGCACUUCCGCGCCCCCGUCCACACGUUCGUGCCCACCCUGAAGAAGGUCGCCCUCAUUGCACAAACUGGAGAGCAGCCUUCCAAGAUCAACAGGACACAGGCCACAUUCCCAAUCUCCUCCCUGGGGGAUAAAAACCAGUGGCGUGCCGUGGUAGAAGACAGAGAUGCCCAGUGCUGGACCGUUUCUGUGACCUCACCUGCAGAUGCCGUCAUUGGCCACUACUCACUCCUGCUACAGGUCUCAGGCAGGAAGCAAUACCCACUGGGACAAUUCACACUGCUUUUUAACCCCUGGAAUAGAGAUGACCCUGUAUUUCUGCCGAAUGAGGCUCAACGCUCUGAGUAUGUGUUGAACCAGAACGGCCUCAUCUACCUGGGCACAGCUGAUUUCAUCCAGGAGGAGCCCUGGAACUUUGGCCAGUUCCAGACCGACGUCGUGGACCUCAGCCUUGGCUUGCAGGGUGUGGAUGAGCAGGUGGAAGAGUGGAACCAGCCUAUGCACGUGGCCCAAGCGUGGGGUGCUUUGCUAAGCGCUCUCAAGAAGAAGAGAGUCCUGCCCACUCCACAGACCCAGGCCUCCCAGGAAAAGGCCUUGUUGAACAAACGCCGGGGCAGCGCACCCAUCCUGCGGCAGUGGCUCACAGGCCAAGGGCGACCAGUGUACGAGGGCCAGGCCUGGGUGCUGGCCACUGUUGCUUGCACAGUGCUGCGAUGUCUGGGAAUCCCGGCCCGGGUCGUUACCACAUUCGCCUCAGCCCAGGGCACGGGCGGGGGGCUGCUGGUGGACGAGUACUACAACGAGGAGGGGCUCCAGAAUGGAGAAGGCCAGAGAGGCCGCAUCUGGGUUUUCCAGACUUCUGUAGAGUGCUGGAUGACCAGGCCUGAUUUGCCCCAGGGUUAUGGCGGAUGGCAGAUCCUCUACCCGAGAGCUGCUAAUGGAGGUGGAGUCUUGGGGCCCUGUGAUCUGGUCCCAGUCAGAGCCGUGAAGGAGGGAGCACUGGAACUGAGCCCUGCAGUGGCAGAACUUUUUGCCAUGGUAAAUGCCUCGUGUGUCGUCUGGAAGUGCUGUGAAGAUGGGAAACUAGAGCUGACUAACUCCAGCACCAAAUAUGUUGGCAACAAUAUCAGCACCAAGGUGGUGGGCAGUGACCGUUGUGAGGAUAUCACUCAGAACUACAAGUACCCUGCAGGUUCCCCUGAAGAAAGAGAGGUGCUGGAGAGAGUCCGGAAAGCGAGAAUGAAACAUGGGAAAGAUAAUGACAUCCGUCGUCUAAGUCUUGAGCAGGCCGAUCCUUUGCACCUGUUCUUGGAAGCACCCAGCUCCCUCCCCCUUACAGGAGAUGCCCAGCUCUCAGUGACCCUAAUUAACCCUAGUGACCAUGAAAAGAUGGUACAGCUGGCAAUUGGAGCCCAAGCUGUGUACUACAGUGGAGCCCUUGCUGCUGAUCUCUGGAGGGAGAAGCAGUCUCUUGGGCUCAGGGCUAACCAGGUUACAAGAAUAACCACCAGCCUGUCCUUCUCCUAUUUUGAACGAAACCCACCUGAGAACACUUUCCUCAGAGUCACUGCAGUGGCAACACACUCUGAGUCCAGCCUCAGCUGCUUUGCUCAAGAAGAUGUUGCCAUUCGUAGACCGCACCUAGUCAUCAAGAUGCCAGAGACAGCAAAACAGUAUCAGCCUCUUACAGUCUCAGUCAGCAUCCGUAACUCCUUAGAUUCCCCCAUGAAGGACUGCAUCAUUUCCAUCUUCGGAAGGGGGCUAAUGCACAAAGAGAGGAGGUACAGAUUAGGCUCUGUGUGGCCUGGAAACACCUUGCGCACUCAAGUCCAGUUCACACCCACACAACUGGGGCUCCAUUGGCUCACUGUGGAAGUGGAUUGUGACAUGUUCCAGAACCUAACCAGUUACAAGCGUAUUACCAUAGAAGCCCCUGGACUUUCAGAUUAGAUUUCCACCUCUCUCAUCAAUACAACCACAAACCCUUGAAGUACAAUCUAAAACCAAACAUGUUGGGUAGGGAAAUCUGCUUCUCAGAUAAUGAGUCCCCAGUCCAACUGAACAGAACAGUCAACAAGACUGAAACUAGAUUCUCAGAAACCAAUAGAUAAAGACAUUCCUGUCACUUGCCGCUUAGGGCAGCCAGAAAGACAAGUUGUUUUCAAACAGAAAUGACUGGGGAUCAAUUGUCAAAAAGAAGUCUUUGAAAAGAUACUCAGAUAGCUUUUCAAAGUUCAUUUUCAGUUUUUGAGUACCUUUUCAGAUUUAGGAGGCUCAGGGUUUGCCUGCCACAACCAUUUUAUAAUACAGAAAAACCAAUACAAGCACAUGUAACAAAUCUGUUCAAUAAAGUAAACAAAUCUAACAAAUGA